AUGUUCGGUCAAGUGGUCAUAGGGCCACCGGGGUCAGGUAAAUCCACCUAUUGCUACGGGAUGUAUCAGUUUAUGUCAGCGAUUGGCCGUAAACUGUGUGUGAUCAACUUGGACCCCGCGAACGACAGGUUACCUUAUCCAGACUGCGCUCUUGAUAUACGAGAUAUCUUAACGUUGGAUGAAAUAAUGGAAGAACUAGACCUUGGUCCAAACGGUGGUCUUAUGUACGCGCUUGAGUGCCUCAGCUCUGUUGAGAUCGAAAACUUUGUGGCAAAGAUCAAAAAACUUGCAGACGAAAAUUAUUAUCUACUUAUCGAUUGCCCUGGCCAAGUUGAGUUAUUCACACAUCAUAAUUCCUUGUACCAAAUUCUUAAACUAAUAUCGAGGAAGGGGGGAAUUCGACUAUGUACUGUCUCUUUGGUGGAUUCGAUAUACUUGACCAGCCCCUCACAGUACAUAUCGAUUUUACUUCUAAGCUUGAGAUCAAUGCUUCAGCUCGAUUUACCCCACGUUAAUGUGAUUUCUAAGAUAGACAAGCUACACUCGUAUGGGUCUCUUCCAUUUAAACUUGAUUACUAUACGGAAGUCCAGGACCUUCACUAUUUAAAGCCACUUCUAGAAAAGGAAUCCAACUCCAUUUUAGGGAAGAAGUUUGUACGCUUAACUGAGGCAAUUGGUGAAUUGAUUGAGGACUUCAACUUGGUCUCGUUUGAGGUCUUAUCUGUUGAAAACAAAAGGUCCAUGAUACACCUAUUAAACAUCAUUGAUAAAGCAAAUGGCUAUAUGUUUGGAACUAGUGAAAUAGGUGGGGAUACUAUAUGGAGUGAAGCUACAAGACAAUCGUCCUUGAUAAAAGAUAUAGAUGUUGAUAUCCAUGAAAGGUGGAUCGAGCAAAAAGAUACUUUCGAUCGCCUUGAGGAGACUGAAGAUCGCCGCGGAUUAAAUGAGCCUAAUACUACAGGUGAAGACGAAGCUGGAGAGGAGGAUGAAGAUGAAGCUUACGAAGAGGAUUUGAGGGAGUGGGAACGCUUACAUAGUAACUAG